AUGAAGGCAUUUCUUGCACGGGAUAGAGUUGCCGAGUCGGCUUCUACGUCCGAUGACGAGACCGUGGUCGCCGUACAAGAUGGAGUCCGCUUGAAUGCCGCGGGCUACAAGGAUCAAUUAAAUCGCCAAUAUGGUUUCUUUGGACUGGCAAGCAUGGCUCUGACGGUGGACAAUGCCUGGGUUGCCUUGGGAUCGUCCAUUUCUGUAUCAAUUCUCAACGGUGGCCCACCCGGCAUCAUUUACGGCCUCCUCGUCGCCGUCUUUUACUACUCCCUCAUCGGCUUGAGUUUAUCAGAGCUCGCUUCAGCAGUCCCCACGGCGGGCGGCGUCUACCACUGGGCCACCAUCGCCGGCGGUCCUCGCUGGGGCCGAGUCCUCGGUUUCUUCACCGGGUGGAUCAACUUCUACGGCUGGCUCUUCUCGCUCGCAGCCCUGCUGCAGAUCUCGAGCAAUGUGGCCGUGAGCAUGUACGCCGUCUGGAACUGGGACACCUACGUCAGCCAGCCCUUCCACGUCUUCAUCGGGUACCUCAUCAUCCUCUGGGGGUGCGCGGCCUUCAUUGUUUUUGCUAACAAGUAUGCUCCGUACACCCAGCAAGCCGGAACGAUAUUCGUAUUGAUCGGCGGCGUCGUCACCAUUAUCGUUCUGGAGGCGAUGCCGAAGCAACAUGCGAGUAAUCACUUUGUAUGGGGCUCUUUCGACGAGAAUAAUGCCACAGGGUGGUCAGGGGGCGUUGCUUUUCUCCUGGGUGUUCUUAACGGCGCCUUCACGAUUGGGACUCCUGACUCGGUAACCCACAUGGCUGAAGAGAUGCCACAUCCCAAGAAGGAUCUCCCAAAGGCUAUCCUUUUGCAGAUAUCCCUUGGCUUCGUUUAUGCCUUCUGCUUCGCCGUCGCAUUGUCGUACGCAAUCACGGACAUUACGGCUCUCCAAGGAGGCUUCAACUCUUUCCCGCUGACCAACAUUUACGUGCAAGCCACUACCAGCAGCGAUGGAAUCCGAAACCCAGGCGCAGCGUUUGGUCUGCUAUUCAUCAUGCUGGGCUGUACGCUGACGUGUUGCGUGGGCCUGACUUUGACGGUUUCGAGAACCUACUGGGCGCUCGCACGCGAUAAUGCUGUGCCACUAUCCAAUGUCUUCGCUCAGGUUAAUGAGCGCCUGAGCUGUCCAAUUUGGUCAACCUUGUUUGUCUGCGUCGUCGCAACCGGACUGGGCGCCAUACCCCUCGGAAGCUCAGCAGCCUUCCUAGCACUGGCAAGCUCGUUCAUCAUUCUGACAUCCGUCUCAUACGCCAUCCCAUUCGCAGCGAACAUGCUCUCGGGACGAAAGUACUUCCCUCGUGGACCCUUCCAUCUGGGAAAGGCGGGAUACAUCAUCAACGGACUGGCCGUGCUAUUCAUUGUCUUGUUUGAUAUCAUGUUUUGUUUCCGCACCAGCUUCGGCACAAUGGGAUCAUCCUCUUCAAAAGCCGCGCAAGGCGCCGCGCGCAAAUUCCCGACCCGCGCUCCGGGCGCUGUACCACCACCGUCAACCGCCGCGAGAGCAGCUCCCGCUGCCCCUCCGACGCAGCCCCCGCAGGCUCAGUCGCGGGCGAAGACGGCGACACUCAAACCAGAGGAUCUCACGUCCGCUACAACCACCACAAAUCCCGAAGUCACCGCCGAAUUCUCCUCGCGCCUCCGCCAAAUGGGCAUCGUCCAGCCGAACCCAACCUUCUCCUCCACAUCAACAGCCAGCGCCGGCCCCGGUCCCGUCGCAGGCAGCCGCCCCGGCCCAAGUCCUCACGCAGACUUGAUCCAGAACCCGGGCCCCUUAUUCCCUUCCACAUCCCGCAACGCGACGCUCGGCACCCUCGAAGCCAGGCGUCGGCUGCAGCAGGAAGCCGAUGCUGAGUUUGACGGGCUCGGACGCAGUAGCAGUGGCGGCAGAGAGUUUCUGGAUUUGAAGACGAUUAUCCAGAUGCACCUCAUGCGCGAGAGGGGACACUCGCCCGCUGAGAUUGAGGCGAGGUUAGAUUUGAAGGCUGGGGUUGUUGCGAGGUUGGGUCGGAUUGGGAUCACGUCGCCUGCUUGA